AUGAAGACUAAUGUGUAUUCCAUCGUCAUGGUCAUAGCUGUGCUAUGUAGACUCUCGUUUAUUGAAGGAUGUUUGAAAAUUGUUGCAUCUUUUAGCACACCAAGAGUGUCAAGUAGCUGGACACAAACAACUCAUUUAAGGUCGGUAAAAUAUAUUUGACAAGGCGUUUUAGCAAACAGAAGCUAUAUGUAGGUUAAUAUAUAUCGGCAUGCUGUAUUAUUGAGAUAAGAAUCCCAACUUUAAACAAUUAAAACAGAAAACAUGCACAUAUGUAAGUGAGAAUUUUUAUGAUAAAAAAACAUGUUUAUUUAUCAUGUUUCAUUCGCUACACGGCCUACUCUGGUCUAAAUAAAUGAUUACAAAGUCCAGUCGAAUUGAAAUCAAGACCCAACGUUUCGACACUCCAGUUACUAGACUCAGGAUCAGGACAGGAUCUUUUUAAUAGUUAAUAGAGCGAGAUGAUCAAACUCUCGAUAUUUAUCCGUCCGUUCAUUUGUAUCGCUUUAUUUAACAGCUGCAGCAAUAAUCUGCAGACUUUUGGUGCGACGCAGUUUUCGGUAUUUUACUGUCUAUAAACGACAGAUCUAGACGAUUUUUUUCGUCAAAAAGAGAUCCUACGGUUAUGGCCUUAAAUAGUUAGACUACGGCCUCAAAUAGUUAUUAUAAAAUAGUUAGUUCCCCUAAGGCGCUAUAUAGUAACAUUAGAUUGCUCAAUUGUUUGUGUUCAUUCGUAUGCUUACUUUCAAGUCUAGUUUUUAAACUAAUUUCCAUAAUUUCGCUGCGGUUUCUUUGACAUAAUAUAAAAUAAUUAAUAGAUAAUUUCUUUGCAAUCUUUGUCAAGCUUUGCCUUCUUUGACAAAAAAACCCCAGAAUAGCCGCAGGCGAAAAUUUUGUUUUUACCCAUCGACUGAAACAGACAUUUUAUAGAAGUCGCCCGUCACAUUACUCUCAUUUAAUAGAGGUAUCCCAAAAAAGCAUCAACUUGUUGAAAAAUGUGGAACAAGCAGCAUCUUCAAUAUCAGAUAGCCUGCAUGAUAACAGGUUGAUAAACUAUGCAGUGUAAUAUAAAGUAAAUCAGGACAUUUCGUCUCCCAUCUCUGUAUUUCAGAUCCACAAUUACAAGUCCACAAACGACUGAUGUAAUCCCUAAACCAACCAAAGUAAGCCAUCAAUUGCAACCAACUACACUAAGCUCACAAUCAAGCAUAGUUAUUCGUCAGCCAGCCAACACAUCACCAACAGACGCAAGUCUACCAUCAACCGACACAACACCAUCGCUAACCGACACAAGCCCAUUACCAACCGACACAAGCACACAAGCAACGGACGCAAGCGCAUCACCAACACAGAAAAGUUCAUUGCCAACGGAUACAAGCACACGACCAACCAACGCAAGCCCAUCACCAACCGAGGCAAGCACACGACCAACCAACGCAAGCCCAUCACCAACCGAGGCAAGCACACAACCAACCAACGCAAGCCCAUCGCCAACGAUACAAGCACACGACCAACCAACGCAAGCCCAUCACCAACCGAAGCAAGCACACGACCAACCAACGCACGCCCAUCACCAACCGAGGCAAGCACGCGACCAACCAACGCAAGCACAUCAACAACCGAGGCAAGCACACGACCAACCAACGCAAGCCCAUCACCAACCGAGGCAAGCACACGACCAACCAACGCAAGCCCAUCACCAACUGACGGAAGCACACCACCAACAAACGAAAGUCCACAACCAACAAAU